GGCGAACGGAUGAAAGUGCGCAUCGCCACCAUAGACGCGCCCGAAAUUUGCCAAGCCUGGGGGGCCCAGGCCCGUGCCGCCCUGCAAGAAAAACUGGCCGGGCAGGUACUCAGCCUGGAGCGUUUAACCCACGACAGCUACGGGCGGGAAUUGAUUGUUUUGUCGAUUUAUUUUAUCGCUCGCAUUCUUCACCGUCGCCGCCCUGCGGGUGUCAAUUUGGCUUGGAUCAUUCUUGUCCUCUUGCUGCCCUAUGUGGGCAUCAUUGCUUACAUGCUACUGGGCGAGCAUACGCUCUCGCGUGCCCGUUUAGUGCGCGCCGCACAGAUGGAAGAUUCGCGCCGCCACUGGUUGGCACAAAUCCCGACCACCAGUUAUCAGGCCAGCAGCUGCGCGGUGGAGCAAACCUGGCGCUCUUUGGCCCUGCAAGCCCAUGCACAACUGGGCAUACCACCCACAGACGCAAAGAAUUUACGCCUGCUGACCGACACGGUGGCUACCUGGGAGCUGCUGGCGCAAGACAUCCACGCCGCCCAGCACAGCGUGUGGUUUACCUUUUAUAUUUGGCAAGCAGGCGGCGCGGUCGACACUGUCGCUCAGGCCCUGAUGGCUGCGGCCGAGCGCGGGGUCAGCUGUCAUGUGCUGCUGGACGCAAUGGGCAGCAAAGCCUUUUGGCAUAGCCCUUGGCCCCAAAAGCUCCGCACCGCUGGUGUACAGGUGGAAAGCGCUUUUGCAACGGGAUUGAUACGCUCAUUCUUUCAGCGCAUUGAUUUGCGCAUGCACCGCAAAUCCGUCGUCAUUGAUGGCCAGAUUGCUUACACCGGUAGCAUGAACUUAAUAGACCCACGCACCUUCAAACAAGGCUCAGGCGUAGGCGAAUGGGUGGAUGCCAUGCUGCGCUAUGAAGGCGUGGCGGUGCUGGCACAAUUGGGCCUGAAUGUGUGGGACUGGAAUAUGGAAGCGACCACAAGCAGCGCAAUGGUCGAUUUGCCGCAGCUGCCGCCCUAUAUUCAGCAGCUGCUCUCUGGUGCAGCCGCAGCCGCGCAGCAAGACACCAGCCCC